AAUACAUUAAAACUGUAGUGAUACAAUAUUUUAUAUUACUCGUCGUCUUAAUUUAUAUUACUUAUUAUUAUUGUGUUUGUUGUUAAUGAGGCUGUUACGAUUGUUGUUUUUCAUGAUAAAGACGGUCUAAUUGCGAAUCAAGCAUCUUUUUUUAACGGUGGUUUAAGGUCUCCCGUGCAGACGCGAGUUUGAUCGUAAGGAUCGACCAAGAUAAUAUUAAUAAAUACUAGCUCUGACGGUGAAAGACAUUUCAUGAAUGAUGGCCAAUGUUUUAAACAAAUGUUUCCAAUAUGCCUGUCUGUGAUUUUAUGUGUGGUCAAACCUGCAAUGGUGUGAAUGAUCGAUGUAUGUGUAAAGAUGUCAGUGACUUACGGAACUACAUAAUAAAAGGUUAUUGCUCCCAAUUUCCCGCUUACAAAAGCAGUACUUAAUAGAUGAUUCAUUAGUUUUGUCUCUAAUCACUGCUAUCAGUUGAGCCCUCUCACUUCCUUCAUAUAUUCAAGUAAGACAAUGGAAAAAUCCAGAAAAAUCAGCAAGCUGUGUAUUCUCUGCAUUGUACUCGGAAUGCUUUCUGUUGCCACCAUUGUUACCUUGUGGUCUAUUGCACUGACAGACAGCAGAGUUGUCACUGCGCCAUGGGACAUUUACCGUCUCCCAGACACCCUGAAGCCUGACCACUACAAACUUACCCUGUGGCCUCGACUCACUGCUAACGAACAAGGCCUCUACAUCUUCACAGGGAAAUCCUAUGUGGUUUUCCAAUGUGUGAAGGAGACUGACCUCAUUCUGAUACACUCCAACAAGCUGAACUACACCAAAUGGGAAGGUGGUCAACUGGCUAAACUGACUGCACUUGGUAACAUAACCGCACCAACCAUAAAGAGUUCAUGGCUAAAAGAAACAACCCAGUACCUAGUCAUGCAGCUUAAUGGGUACUUAACUGUUGGGGAAUUCUACCAGAUGGACACAGAGUUUGUUGGGGAGCUGGCUGACGACUUAUCAGGUUUCUAUAGGAGUGAAUAUGAAGAAAAUGAAGUUAAAAAAGUCUUGGCAACCUCUCAGAUGCAUCCUACUUACACUAGGAAAACCUUUCCCUGUUUUGACGAGCCUGCGAUGAAAGCUGUCUUCCAUAUCACACUGCUCCAUCCCAGGGGAACUGUGGCCUUGUCAAACAGCAAACAACAAUACAUAGUUAACACCACAGUCAAAUCAGAAGCUGUCAGCCAGACUGGAUUUGAGCCAACCAAGACCAUGUCAACAUAUUUGCUGGCCCUUAUUGUCUGUGACUACGCAUACAUCAGUGCUCAGGAGGGAGAUAUUCUGAUUAGGAUCUGGGCUCGAAGAAAAGCCAUUGGUGAAAGGCAUGGAGAGUAUGCACUCAAUCUAACAGGACCAAUCCUGUCAUUUUUUGAGGUGUAUUAUAACACCAGCUACCCUCUUGCUAAAUCAGACCAGAUAGCUCUUCCUGACUUCUAUUUUGGAGCCAUGGAAAACUGGGGACUUGUUACCUACAGAGAAACCAAUCUGCUUUAUGAUCCCUUGAUAUCAUCCAAUAGCAACAAGGAGAAAACAGCCACCAUCAUUGCACAUGAACUGGCCCACAUGUGGUUUGGAAACCUAGUGACCCUAAGAUGGUGGAAUGAAGUUUGGCUGAAUGAGGGCUUUGCAACCUACGUGUCUUACCUAGGGGCUGAUUACGCUGAACCCACAUGGAAUGUGAAAGACCUGAUAGUUCUUAAAGAUGUACACAGAGUGUUUGCAAUCGAUGCCCUGGCCUCGUCUCAUCCCCUGUCCUCCAAAGAAAAUGAGAUCAUAAAGCCUGAACAAAUCAGUGAGCAGUUUGAUGCAAUUUCUUACAGUAAGGGGGCAUCUGUACUGAGAAUGCUGUCAGAUUUUCUAACUGAACCAGUCUUUGUCCAAGGACUAAGUAGCUACCUGCAUCACUUUGCCUAUAGUAACACUGUGGCGACAGACCUUUGGAAUCAUCUACAACUAGCAGUAGAUGCCAGUGGUAUGGAGCUUCCGAGUACAGUGAAUGACAUCAUGAACCGCUGGGUCCUUCAGAGGGGCUUUCCAGUGAUUACAAUAGACACAGCCAAUGGACAUGUCUCCCAGGAGCACUUUCUUCUAGACCCUGAUUCUGUUGGGACUGUACCUCCAUCUGAAUUCAAGUACGAGUGGAUAGUACCAAUUAAAUGGAUGGAUGCAGGAGUGGUUCAGGAGGAGAUAUGGCUGCUAGAGAAAGAGGCCUCUAACAAAAACCUGAAGAGCGAUCAGUGGGUACUAGCCAACAUCAACGUGACUGGAUACUACAGGGUUAACUAUAACAUUAAGAACUGGGAACGUCUCCUUGUCCAACUGAGCACUGAUCAUCAGAUCAUACCCGUUAUCAACAGGGCCCAACUUGUGGACGAUGCUUUUAAUUUGGCAAGGGCUCAGCUCAUCCUUACAACAUUAGCUCUGAAUACAACAAAAUAUCUCUCCAAAGAAAGGGAAUAUAUGCCGUGGGAAUCGGCUAUGGACAACUUGGAUUAUUUCUACCUGAUGUUUGAUCGUACAGGUGUCUAUGAGGCAAUGCAGGAUUAUGUGAGAAAUCUAGUGACACCCCUUUUUCUACACUUCAAGUCUAUGACAUCAAACUGGACUAAAGUACCUGAAGGGCAUACUGACCAGUACAAUCAGGCCAAUGCCAUCAGGGUGGCCUGUAGCACUGGACUGGAGGAGUGCCUGAAUCUGACUAAAGGCUGGUAUAAACAGUGGAUGGACAACCCUGACAUCAAUCCGAUUCAUCCUAAUUUGAGGACGGCAGUGUACUGCAGUGCCAUUGCAGCAGGCGGGGCUGUGGAGUGGGAUUUUGGUUGGAACAUGUUAAAAAACGCCACCAUUGCCACAGAGACAGACAAGCUGAUGUCAGCUCUGGCUUGUACUAAAGACAAAAAGCUUCUGAAUAGGUACCUGGAAUAUACUUUGGACUCAGAUAAGAUUCGUAAGCAAGAUGCAACUUCUGUUAUCGUGUACAUCGCCAAUAAUCUUAAAGGCCAGACUCUGGCUUGGGAAUUUGUGACACAAAACUGGGAGUACAUGUUCACACAGUAUGGUGUCGGAUCCUUCUCAUUUGCCAACCUUAUAAGUGGUGUGACAAUGAGAUUCUCAACUAACCCUGAACUUGAUCAGCUUUACACAUUCAAGCAAGAAAAUUCUGAUAUUGGCUUUGGCUCGGGAACCAUGGCAUUGGAGCAGGCCAUCGAGAGAACUAAGGCCAAUAUCAAAUGGGUUGAUAAAAACCAGAAGGAAGUGUGGGACUGGUUCUUGAGUGAAACAGAGUAAUUCAUGGUUGUUCAACUCAGUGAAGAAUGUUGGACAUUAUCUCAGUGAAGAAUGUUGGACAUUAUCUCAGUGAAGAAUGUGCAGACAUUAUGUUAUAAUUGUAUGUUGCUACCAGGUUUGGGGUCAACUCCAAAGUCAUUUUCAGUUAAUUUCGGAAAUGUUUUGCAAUUACUUACUAAAACAUUUUCCAGAACACUAUACUCUUAUGAUUGGUCUAUGAAGUUUGUUAUAUUAGAGCAGGUUUGUCAAACUUAAUAUAUAAAUAUAUAUACUUUACUCUAACCACCCACAGGCCAGAUAAUACCUCCUCAAAUCCCCCUGUAUGUUUGACAUGUUAGUUUUAGAGAUUUAUAGGGUUAAUAUCUGUCCUGUUUGGUUAUAAAACAUUAAACCUUUUCCUAAAUGUA